CACACACACACACACACACGCACAGCUGCUCGGAACCAUGACAGAAGAUGACGGAUACAGUUGUCGCGGAGGGACAUGUAAAGUUUAGAGAUGGAAAAAAGUGGAAGACUCGGUGUGUCGUCCUUCGGAAGCCGUCUCCGGUCGCGGACUGCCUCUCUCUGCUGGUGUACAAGGAGAGGAAGAAAGGGAAGGAGAAGACCAGCGGCCUCAAGGAGAGCCUCAAUGUAACACUGGAGGGGAUCUGUGGCGUGGAGCCGGGGCCCGGGUACGACGGGGUCUCCUACACCCUCUCCAUCCUCUGUCUGGCACACACCCUGGUCCUGGGCUUCAGCAGCCGGGACGCCCUGCUGGCCUGGGACGCUCACGUCCGCUACAGCCUGGGAGAAGUCCACAGGUUCAGUGUCAGCGUGGAGCCGGGGACCAAGCUGGAGAGCGGCCCCGCCUCCCUCCACCUGUGCAACGACCUGCUGGUCGUGACCAGAGGCGUCCCGCCCGUCGCCGUCGGCCACUGGAAGCUGUCCGCGCUGCGUCGGUACGGCGCCGUGACAAACGGCUUCGUAUUCGAGGGCGGCACUCGCUGCGGAUUCUGGGCCGGUGUUUUCUUCCUGUCGUGUGCCGAGGGAGAGCAGAUCAGCUUCCUGUUUGACUGCGUCAUCAGGGGCGUGGCCUCCGGGAGGACGCCGCGUGGCCAGCGACCCGCCCUGCCAGAGCCCGGCGCUGACCCUGAGUCCGCCGAGCGGCGCAUCAGUCAGGAGGCGUGGGCGCUGGAGAAGAGGCUCAGCGUGUUGUCUCAGAGCAGCGGCGCUUCCGCUUACAGCUACGGCACAUCUGUUGCCGGGGACGACCGAAGCGGCGCCUCCAGCUCCUCCUCCGGCCAAUCGGAGGCGAGCUACGGGAGCAGACUUCCGCUGUGGGCGGAGCCGCUGGCCAAACAGCGCCUGCACCGCGACGCGGCCUCCUCCAGCUCCUCCACGCCGAAGGCCCUGGCGAGCUCCGACGACCGGCUCUACGCCGCGGUGACGGGGAGCUCGGGGGCGCGGCCGUCCUCCGCCCGGCCGCACGCUCGCCGUCUCCACGACGGCGGGCGGCAGAGCUCGCCGGACAGCGGCAUCGGGAUCGCGCCGGCGGGCAGCCGGUCGUCGUGUUCCGGGAGCUUCUCCUCGUGCACCGGGAGUCUGGACGCGGCCAGCCAGGGAGGGGAGGCGGAGUUUGGCUCUGUGGCCAGCCUACCUUCUUCACCUCCUCCUCCUCCUCCUCUUCCUCUUCCUUCUCAGUCCACACUCACCCCGGAUCGCAGCGGAGAGUAUCAAACUCCCGGCCCGCUGAGACCGCAGUACGACACCCCGAGGAGUCUGCUCAAGACCCCGGGCCCGGGGGAACCGGCCCACCACGGAGGCCCGGCGGGGGUCGGUGGGGACGGGCGGGGUAGUCAUGGAGACAGACCCUGGGCUCAGCAUCAGGGCGCCACGCUGUGCUGGAGGGCGCCCCCUGUGGACAGCGAGGGGGGGUCCACACCUCGACCCCUUCUGACCCCCGGAGGCGUCGUGUGUGGAGAAACUCAGUGCGGUGUCGGUUUGGACUACGUGACCCCGGAGCAGUGGCGGGCGGCGAGGGACCGCGGCGUCGCCCGGGGCGUCAUCUCUCCAUCGGGCCGACCCCCACCUGCAGAGCCUCGAGAGGAUCAGGACGAAGCCGGUCUGAGGAGGGCCAAGUCCUGCUUGCCGCCCUCGGCCCCGCCCCCUUUUGCACUCGGCACGCAGAGGCCGACGUCAGCCUGCGGUAAGCCGAUCACAGAACGUCUCUUUUCAGGUUUCUUCCGGUCUGCGGCGCUGGACACUCGGCUCCAUCAGGACCGCCCGACGAAUUACGCCAACGUUCGCGUCGGCGCCCGACCGUCUCCGGGGGAACUCGUCCUCGCCGGGACCGGCUCGGCCUCCAGAGACGCCGGCGCCAUCGGCCACGCCCACCUCGACGUCACUGCCAUGGAAACGGCUCGGAGGAGAGGGGGCGGAGCCUGUUCGGGGCAGCGGGGACCGGCGGACUCGUCCGGAGAGCGCCGAGGGCCGCCGGGCUGACUCGGCAAAACUCGACUGACACGUCGACGGAGUUCUCGUCGUUGAUUCUCUUCCAUCUCCGAAAAAAUAUGAUUACGUGCUUAAUUGCGGUUCAUAGCGAUCAUUUGUAAUGUUUAAAAACUCGAAGGGUGAUAAAUGACCUUCGUCGUGAGGUCGUUGCACUGAAUGCUGAUCACAGGUAUGAAAACAAAAGAAGAAUUGACAACAGCUGGAAUGUUUGGACAUUUACAUUUUCCCGGACACUAUUUGUAGCAUUAAAUUAUAGUUUAAAAUUAAAUGAUAUUAAUCGUGGGCCACAUGGAGCGUUAUUCACCACCGUAAUCAAUCAGUCUGAUCAGUAUUGAUGGAUGGGAAACCACAUUGUCACCUCCCUUUAGAUGUGAUCAGGAGUAGAAACACACGCAGCCCGUUGAUGUUUCUAGUAUUUGUAAAUAAUAACUUUUUAAUCUAUGCCAAGACAGAUGUCAAACUAUGUUUUUUUAAAUAUGCCUGUCUGUUGUUGUAUUCUUGCACAUUAAAGAGAUUGCCGUUUA